AUGAAUAAUCACGCAGCUAUUCCAAAUGCAGAAAUCGAUGGUGAAAUUGCAACUGUCCUAGAUGAUGCUAUCAGAUUACCGGAAAUACAACCUGAACAUCAACAUGAUUCCCUGAUUCCAACUUCCGAUUUGAAAGCAAAACAUGAACUGGAGCAUAGUCCAGAUGGAGUUGGACGAAUGAGGCGAAGUUGUGCAGGUGGGGCAGGUUGCGGUACUUGCGGAUGUGGAUGUGGAUGUGGUUGCUGCCAAAAAUCAUGUUGUAGUAGUACAUGUACCACUUGCACCACAGUUACAACAUGCUGCAAAACAUGUUGCCAACAAUGCUGCCAAUCGUCAUGUUGCGGAUGUAGUGGUUGUAACGGAGGAAGUUGCAAUGGUCAUGGAUGCGGUAAUAGUCACAGGCGUAAAAAGCGAGAUAUCAUGGAACUCUUAGGAGGACGUUUGCUACGUGAAAAACGCUCACCGAAAAGUAGCCGCAGGCGUGCUAAUGAUCGUAUACCAGUUAAGAAGACAAUUAAGGUAUCAAUUGAUGUGGUUAAUUUUUGA